AUGUCGAGUAUAGAAUUGAUCAAUCCGAAGGCGGAGAGUGUGAGGCGUGCCGCCGCACUCCAGGUAAAUACUAACGGCGCGAUGGGGUUAGCAAAUGUCGUGAAGGGCAAUUUGGGACCAAGAGGAACAAUCAAGAUGCUGGUUGACGGAGCGGGCAACAUCAAGAUGACCAAGGAUGGAAAGGUGCUGCUUUCUGAGAUGCAGAUUCAGAACCCAACAGCAGCAAUGAUUGCACGUACUGCCGUGGCCCAGGACGAUCAGGUUGGAGAUGGCACAACCUCGGUUGUCCUCCUGGUCGGAGAACUCCUAAAACAAGCAGAUCGCUAUAUUUCUGAAGGUGUCCAUCCAACAGUGAUCGCGGAAGGAUUCGACUUGGCGAAGAAAGAGGCCUUGGCAUUCCUCGAAACAUACAAGGUGCCAAGCAAACUCGACCGCGCACAAUUGAUUUCAGUGGCACAUACAUCUCUUGCUACUAAACUCCACCCCAAACUUGCCGCACAGUUGGCUGCUGAUGUCGUUGAUGCUGUGCUAUGUAUUCGCCCACCACCUCCUCCCGAAGGCGCGACAGGUGUGGCUGCGAUUCGAGAGCCUAUCGAUCUCCACAUGGUCGAAAUUAUGAAGAUGCAACACAAGACGGAUUCAGAUACCCAGCUCGUUCGAGGGCUGGUCAUGGACCAUGGCGGAAGACAUCCAGACAUGCCAAAGCGGGUUGAAAAUGCCUUUAUUUUGACUCUGAACGUCAGCUUGGAAUAUGAAAAGACUGAGGUUAACUCUGGGUUCUUCUACUCGUCUGCAGAGCAACGAGAGAAGUUGGUUGAGUCUGAACGACGAUUCGUCGAUGCCAAGCUCAAGAAGAUCGUCGAACUCAAGAACUUGGUGUGCGACCAGGCCGUCGGGGCCAAUGAGAAACCCAAAGGGUUCGUGGUGAUCAAUCAAAAGGGUAUUGACCCGCUCUCGUUGGACGUUCUCGUUAAGAACGGCAUUCUUGCGUUACGUCGCGCCAAGCGAAGAAACAUGGAACGGUUACAAUUGAUUGCCGGUGGUGUCGCACAAAACUCGGUUGAUGACCUCACACCCGAAGUCCUGGAGGUCAAGGAACCCAAGGGUGUCACCCUACUCAUCAAAGGCCCCAACGCGCAUACCAUUGCCCAGACUCAAGACGCACUUCGAGAUGGCCUACGGGCCGUCAAAAACGCACUUGAGGACGAGUCUCUCGUGCCGGGCGCAGGUGCAUUUGAGGUAGCAUGUGCGGCACAUCUAUCGGGCCCUAUUAAAAAGGCUGCCAAGGGCCGCGCCAAACUGGGCGUACAAGCGUUUGCGGAUGCUUUGUUGAUCAUUCCUAAAACCUGGCGGCCAAUGGCGGGUUUGACGUUCAGGACGCGAUUGUUGCUGUUCAGGUGUGUUGAUGAGCAAUCAUCCGGAAAUACUGUAGGACUUGACCUGAAGACUGGGGAACCGUUCGACCCAACGGUUGAGGGAGUUUGGGACAACUAUCGUGUCAAACGACAGAUGCUGCACUCAUGCUCUGUAAUUGCUGUUAACCUUCUUUCAACGGAUGAAAUUCUGAGGGCCGGCCGUUCCAGUCUGAAGCCUGAUGGGCAACAGUAG